AUGACUGUUGUUACUCUUCCUGAACCUUUUGCUAGCAUUCCCCGAGAGAACUUUCUCUUCGGCGCAUCGCCUCUUCAGCCCCUCCCUAGAAUAUCCGCUGCUCUUGGUGGAAAGGUCAAUGUCUAUGCGAAGCGCGAGGACUGCAAUUCCGGUCUCGCCUACGGUGGUAACAAAGUCCGAAAACUAGAGUAUCUCGCUGCUGAGGCUCAAGCUCAAGGAUGUGAUACCCUCGUCUCCAUCGGCGGCGUCCAAUCCAACCACACCCGCGCCGUAACCGCCGUCGCUACAAAGCUCGGUCUCAAAGCCGCCACUGUUCAAGAACACUGGGUUGAUUGGGAAGAUCCCGGUUAUGAAAAGGUCGGCAACAUUCAGCUCUCGCGACUCAUGGGCGGUGAUGUGAGACUUGACCCUUCGACAUUCGGUAUUGAGCACAAGACAACUCUCGCCAAGCUUACAGAUGAGCUUAAGAGCAACGGUCGCAAGCCCUACUAUAUCCCUGCUGGAGCUUCAGACCAUCCUCUUGGUGGUCUGGGUUUCGCACGCUGGGCAUUUGAAGUUGAAGCCCAAGAGAAGGAAUUGGGUAUUUUCUUCGACACCAUCAUCGUAUGCGCCGUAACAGGCUCUACAUUCGCCGGCAUGAUCGCCGGUUUCAAACUCGCCCAAAAGAACGGUUCUCCCGCCCGCAAGAUAAUCGGCAUCGACGCCUCUGGAAAAGUGCAACAAACAUUCGACCAAGUUCUGCGCAUCGCCAAAUCCACAGCUGCAAAGAUCGGUCUCAGCGAGGACGACAUCACAGCCGACGAUGUUAUCCUCGACCCUAACUACAACGCCAAGAUCUACGGUAUUCCUGACGAGACUACCAUUGAGGCUAUGAAGUUUGGCGCUGCUACUGAGGCGUUCAUUACGGAUCCUGUAAUAAUGAGUGAACCUCAAGACACCAAAACAGCUGUUUUCUCCGCGAUAACGGACUUCUUCAAUGUCUCCUCUAAAAACCCCGAAGAUGCCCGCAACCACCUUCUCGAGACCUCUUACGCCAUACAGUCCACCCCAGACACUAUCGAACAGACAACACUGGGAGAGCUAUUUCUCAGCGACAACAAGCAAAAAGGCCGUCUUGAAUGGGCUAUAGACGAACCUCAAGAACUCUUCAUCCACGAAAAACUAGCUGCAGUUUGGACCGGGUGGUCCAUCCGCACCGAUGACGGUACCAUCAUCAGCCAUAAGAAGGGCAUCCUAGGAUUAGCUUACACCGAUGGGCACUGGAAGAUCUCAGGCCUCGCUUCAACGGAGCGCUCCCUCGAAACACCCAAACCAGAGGAUGAAUCAGCCCUCACCCGAGAAGAAAUCAUGAAGCCCAUUAACGCUCUUCUAGAUGAUUUUUCUCAUCCGGACUGGGACGUCCUCAAACAAUGGUUUCUCCCCAAUGCUGGCGUGACUUUAUACAGACCACCCGCUGACCCAGCCCCUAUGACUAUGGAGCAGUCCAUCGUUCGGCUGCAGGGUAUGAUCAAGAGUGGGAUUACUAUCCAAGAGAAGUUGCAUGAUAUUCAGGUUCGAAAACAUGGGGAUAUUGCGUUGGUUUGGGCGCCGUUUGUGGUUGAGAUUAACGGGGAGCCUAAACAUAAUGGUGUUAAUGCGUUUACGCUUUUGAGAAGAGAGGGGAGCUGGGUGUUUAGUGGAUGUCAGGACUAUGGUGUUGCUUUGUAG